AUGGUGGUCGUCCUGCAGCAGCACAGUAACAACCUCAGCACCGGUCACAGCUCCACGGCGGACCCCGUCCCCGGCGGGCUGAGCCGGGCCGAACACACCGCGGCAGCCGUAGUCCUCGGGUUCAUCCUGGUCCUGGGCUUCCUCGGUAACCUACUCGUGCUCCUGGUGUUCUCGCGUUUCCCCGGGCUGGUGACUCCGGUGAACCUGCUGUUGAUCAACAUCAGCGCCAGCGACAUGCUCGUCUGCAUCUUCGGAACUCCCCUCAGCUUCGCGGCCAACGUGCGCGGCCGGUGGCUGACCGGGUCCUACGGGUGCCGGUGGUACGGUUUCUCCAACGCGUUUUUUGGUAUAGUGUCUCUGGUGUCUCUCUCUCUGCUGUCCUUUGAGCGGUACUCUGUGGUGCUCUGCAGAACCCAUUUGGACUCUUCUCAGUACUGCAGGGCCAGGCUUGCUGUCGCGGCCUCCUGGCUCUACUCGCUGGUCUGGACUCUGCCACCGCUGCUGGGCUGGAGCAGCUAUGGCCCAGAGGGUCCUGGCACCAUCUGCUCCAUUCAGUGGCACCAGCGCUCAACGACAGCUCGCUCCUACAUCAGCUGUUUGUUCAUCUUUUGCUUGCUGCUGCCGCUGCUGCUCAUGUUCUUCUGCUACGGGAGGAUCCUGCUGGCUGUGCGAGCAGUGAAGAGACAGGUCACCAGGAUCAACCGGUCGUCAGCUGAGCGGAGGGAAACCCGUUUUCUUCUAAUGGUGGUCUCCAUGGUGACUGGCUACCUAUUGUGCUGGAUGCCAUACGGAGUUGUGGCGAUGCUCGCCUCCUUUGGACAGCCCGGUGUUGUUCCGCCUGCAGCCAGUUUAAUCCCGUCCCUGCUGGCAAAGACCAGCACCGUUCUCAACCCUGUUAUUUAUGUGUUGCUCAACAAACAGUUCUCCAGGUGUUUCCUGUACAUGAUCAGGUGCAGCUCAGAAGCCCCGCCGAGCCCAGUUCACCACACAUUGGCCAGCAGCAGGGGUGUGUGGCAUCACGCUCCCAACCCACCAACAGAGGAACAAAACACAGCAGGCGCCAUGUUCACAUCCAGAGCCCAACAGGUACAGCGGCCCGCUCUGGUGCUAGUGGCUCAAUAUUCAACAUAGAGGUCAAAGGUCACCCUUAGCUCUUUUUUCCUUUAUUUGAAAUAUUUAUAAACUAAAAAAGCAAAAUGCUGCAGGAAUGGUCUUUGUUCUUCUAUUCUAGAAACGUCUGUGUUUGACCUGUUCUGUUGAUGAAUGUAGUGGGCCGUGAAGCUCCAUGUAGCCUAAAGGUAUAAUUCCCCCUCAAAAUGAUCCUUUGUUUGUUAAUUACUCACCCUGUGUGACCUAGAACUGGAAGACAACUUUGUUCCAGAGUCAAUGAAGAAUUGCUAUUACUUAAAUUCAUUCUUUGUUUUUUCUUCAUUCACUGUGGAGGCAUGAAGAGUCAAGAAUUCAAGGUAGCACAGGGUGAGUAAUUGAUAUACAAUCAUUUUAAGAGUGAAUUAUUCCUUACAUUUUUUUAUGUUUAUAGCUUAAUUUUUCACAGCAGCAGUCAAAUGUAUGUUUGUAUUGUACUGUAUUACUGUAUUACCUCAGUCCAUUUUUGACUUUUGUAGCUCAUUUUGUGUUCUAAUCCUAUGGGCAAAUAAUUAUAGAUUAAACUAUAAUCAGCUUUUAUGUUUCUUUUUAACAGCCAACCCACUCGUUCUCAGGGUUUUAUUUGUCAAUUAUAAUAAAGUCUAAACAAGAUACAAUUUUGA